CAAAUGGGCUUUAUACAACAAACAAGCCCGCCCCCCCCCCUCCCCAGCCACACAGGCACGUGGACCCAGGCCUCACCGUGGGAAGGGGGUGGUGACAGGCGCAGGGGAAGACAUCACUACAGACAAGUUCUCUUCGCCUCACUUCUCGUCCCGAUCUGCCGGGGCCCAGGCUUUAGUCCUUGACUUCCCACCCCUACCUGCACCCUGAGUUCCCAACUCCUGUUCUUCAUUUCCUGACUCUGGACUCUUGCUGUUCCAGGGUAGCUCAGAUUCAGCAGUAGAUUGGGCCUACGUCCCCACCAGCCAUCCCUUACCCGCCAGGGAGGGGGGACGAGAACACAGUGAUCUUUGGAGGAGGCUGGGUUGGGCCCCAGUUUCCCCUCCUUGCCCCCGCUUGCUCUAGGGGUCACCCAUCUGAGCAGUGUCCGUGUGAACAGCAGAGGAAGGAAGAGCUCACCCCAGCUGGGCUCCUGAGCCAGGGCCAGGGCUCCGGUGAAGCCCGCGCUCCCAGCGAGCGGGGCCAUCGUGCAUGCCUAAUCGGCUAUUUAAGGAGCUGUUCCCCAGCAGCCCGGGCACCCCCCCUCCCCACGUACACCCGUCCAGAGCCACCUUAAAAGCGGGAGGCAAUUGUGAAGUCGCUGGCCAGCAAGUGGAGUGGAGACUGCAGAGGAAGAUUAAGAGGGCAGAGAGAGCCAGAGAUCUGUCCCAGGACUCAGAAACUCUUAGUACCCUACUAAAAACCAGAUCCCCUGGAAGCCCACAGAGACAGCAAGCGGAAAAGAGAUCAAUACACUCAACGCCAGGAACUUUCUCUCCCUCCCUCCCUCUCUCCUCUCGCUCUCACCCACCUUUUAUUUUUCCCUCCCCCACCCCUGCCUGCCCCAGCCCUCUAGUCCCCAAACUCCCCGACCCUUGUGCCCUUUCUGGGAUACCAUGCUGUUCCUCGCCCUCCUGUUAGAGGUGAUUUGGAUCCUGGCUGCAGAUGGGGGUCACCACUGGACAUAUGAGGGCCCCCAUGGUCAGGACCAUUGGCCAGCCUCUUACCCUGAGUGUGGACGUGAUGCCCAGUCCCCCAUCGAUAUCCAGACUGACAGUGUGACAUUUGACCCCGAGUUGCCUGCUCUGCAGCCCCAUGGAUAUGACCAGCCUGGCACUGAGCCUUUGGACCUGCACAAUAAUGGCCACACAGUGCAACUCUCUCUGCCCCCUACACUGUACCUGAGUGGACUUCCUGGAAAAUACGUGGCUGCCCAGCUCCACCUGCACUGGGGUCAGAAAGCGUCCCCAGGGGGGUCCGAGCACCAGAUCAACAGCGAAGCCACAGCCGCAGAGCUCCACAUCGUCCACUAUGAUUCUGACUCCUACGAGAGCUUGAGUGAGGCAGCUCCGAGGCCGCAGGGCCUGGCUGUCCUGGGUGUCCUGAUUGAGGUGGGUGACACUGAGAAUCCGGCUUAUGAACACAUUCUGCAGCACUUGCAUGAAAUAAGACAUAAAGGCCAGAAGACCUCAGUGCCUCCCUUCAACGUGGGAGAGCUGCUCCCCCCGCAGCUGGAGCACUUCUUCCGGUACAAUGGCUCGCUCACCACGCCCCCCUGCUACCAGAGCGUGCUCUGGACAGUCUUCAGCCGCAGGGCCCAGAUCUCAGCAGAGCAGCUGGAGAGACUUCAGGAGGCCCUGUUCUCCACGGAGGAGGAGCCCUCUGAGCUCCUGGCCCAGAACUUCCGCUCCCCGAAGCCUCUCAAUCAGCGGGUGGUCUUGGCCUCUUUCAUGCCAGCAGCAUCCUUGUACAGCACAGGCGAAAUGCUGACUAUAGGCGUGGGAAUCCUGGUUGGCUGUCUCUGUUUGCUGCUGGCUGUUUAUUUCAUCGUUAGAAAGAUCAGGAAGAAGAGGCUGGGAAACCGGAAGAGUGUGGUCUUCACCUCAGCCCGAUCCACGGCUGAGGCAUAAACUCGGCCCACGGAUGCCUUCCCCUCAUGCCAAUCAGGGAGCCUCUAAAAUGGGGUGUGGGGACUGGCCAGAAAAGACAGUAGGAGUAGUUAGUAGCCCCCCUCCUUCUUCUGGACACCCUCGACAAGGGGGCAUGGACCCCAGGCUCUCACUCAAAGGACAGGGGAGCCUUCAGACCAGAUUCCUACUUGCAGAGGGCAGGCUAUGAGACGAUGUUCAGCUGUAGAAGUUGAGGAUGUGCCCAAAGCCCCCACUCCCAACUAUGAUGUCCCUUUCCUCAGAUGUGUUGCAGGAUUGUCCUUUAGGAAAAAGGGUUGAUGUUAGGUUUUUUUUUUUUUUCUCAAUUCAUUUAGAAAUUAAAGUUUUAGGGGCCAGCAUUUUGGCAUAGCUGGUUAAGCUGCCGCCUGCGAUGCCAGCAUCCCAUAUGGGCACUGGUUCAAGUCCCAGUUGCUCCACUUCCAAUCCGGCUCCUUGCUAAUGGUCUGGGAAAGCAGCAGAGGAUGGCCCAAGUGCUUGGGCCCCUGCACGCACUUGGGAGACCUAAAAGAAGCUCCUGGCUCCUGGCCUCAGCCUGGAACAGCCCCAGCCAUUGCAGCCAUUGGGGAGUGAACCAGCAGAUGGAAGAUCUCAAUCUUAAUCUGGAUAUCUCUCUCUCUCUCUCUGCCUUUCAGAUAAAUAAAAAUUUCUUAAAAAAUUAAA